ACACAACAUCAUUUUUACACAACAAGCUAAAAUCCUCGCAUUUUGCAUCAAAUCCACACAACAACACAACUCAACACCGCGACUCUCCCUAUCCCUAGUCCUCCACCGACAUGCUAAUUGAGAAGUGGACAAUAUGAAUGUAUUUUAUAUAUGAAAAUGUAUCGUAGUUGUUGUGAUAAUGAUAAUUGUAUAAACUAAUUAUUUAUUUUUCAAUGUAUGAACGAUUUGGGUAUUAUUAUUUAUUAAUUAUAUGAAUUAAACAUUUAUUAUAUUUACAUUCUGAAAAAAAAGACACCUAAUUCCAGGUCCACCAAGGUCUCCACGGAAAGUAAGCUAUUGAGGUGAGUUGGAUUUUGUACGUGAUAUUAUCUAAAGAGUCUUUACUAACCGAAAGCUUGUCAUAAUGCCCAGUCAAAAACUCAAUUCUACCUAAAAGCGGUUGGAUGACCUAGAAACGUAGAAUCGUAAGAUUUUAAGUUUUAAAAUGUAAAUUUUGACUACAUUUGUAAGGAAAAAUCACGAUUCUACAGAGAAGCGUUUUGGUGACCUAAAAAGGUAAAAACGUAAGAUUUUAAGUUUUAAAGCGCGAUUUUGACUGCAUCAGUCAUAGUUAGGUUGUAGAAAAUAGACUAGACCAUUAGAAAAGUCACGGACCAAACUGAACUGCACAGUUUGGUCAGGACCGUAAAUCGUCAAGAAUGGUAUGGUAUGGUUUGGGCUAUGAUCCGUACUGUAGGAUGUAUUCAUCUCUUGAUCUGGUCUGGUCCUGAAUAAAUAUGGACGCAACCCACUUCUUAGUUCGUGUUAGUACUUCACUCGAUCACUCUGCUAAUUGCUCAACAAACUCAAGUCUCAAGCCUAAUUUUGUGGAUCUCAUCCUGUCUUUCGGUUAUCCUAGUAGCGAUUCUUUUUUUUUAUUAUACUUGAUUUUAUGGUAAUUAACAUGGUGGCUUGUAGGAGAGUGCAAACGUCUAGUACAAAUAGUAUCAGGACAAUUCUUCUGAAGGUAGAGGAAAUUUUAGGAUCGAAUCAAAUAAUAAUUGAUCCCAUUUGGUUCAAUUAACUAACGGUAUCAUCACAUGUAACCUCUCUUUUUCUUGGCUUUUGCCUCCUUGUAUGCAAAAAACUAACGGUAUCAUCAUGUUUUUAUUAGUAUUCGAAAUUCAUAUAACGAGUGUGGAUUACAUUUAAUCUUUGCUCGAUUAUGUUAAAAAAUAUCGAAUUAGUUUGAAUUAAUCUGGUGUUGAUGGAAACAUUGUCGCACCAAUAGUAACGGGUGGAGACAGCCGCGCCAAGUUUCAUCGUUGGUGGACUGGGCCUGAAGUUAAAUAGAUUGGGCCUGAUGAAUGUGUUGGUCACGACUCACGAGUUAAUUAUCAGUUGUGAAUUAGGAAAAAGCCCAAUUGUAUAUUACUCGCACAGGCCCAACUUUUUUUCUUGCACUUUACACGUUACACGCGUCAAAGUUAACCGCGUAAAAGUUCAACAAAAUUUGCGGGAACCGACUCCGGCGUAUUUUUCAGGCUAACCGACUCUUUUCAACGGUAAUAAUUUAUCAACCGACUCGCCGUGAUUGAUCCCUAUAAAUAGGUUUUCCGGCCUUUUUUUCAAUCCGACAGAGACGAGAAGCGUCUGAGCCUAGGGUUUCACCGUUCCAGUAGAGUUAGGGUUCCGGUUGCCGUGAUGUCGCUAUCUGUCUUUUGUUGGGCUUUAUAAGGGUUCGGUGAAGGAUGGCGAUUCUCUCUCAGCGACUCAGUCCGUUCUCCGGUGUGAUGAAUGUCGUCGGCGAACGAUCCAUGAUGGUUUCUUAUCUCUGCCUGUUUAACUGGUACAAGUUUUAUCAUCUUCUCCUUGUCGCCUCCCCUUCUUUUCAAUUUUGCUUCGCAUCUUGUGGGUUGAAUUUCCACACGUUUCCUUCUUUGUCGAAGGACUAGUUCUCUUAUUUGUCCCGUGAUCUGUUUCGAUCUUUGAUGAAAUGGGCUUAGUGGGUUGAAUAGGGGUAUCAUAAUCUCUUUCACUUUGUUGCAUCAUGAGGGUAAAUUUGGACGGUUCUUUGAUAACAAUGUUUUGGCUGCUGUGUUCAGAAUCGCAAGUUGGUUUGUUGCGAGCAAUGCCAAUUUUAGUGUGUCCUAGGACUGAACAGUGAUUCUGUGCUGUUAGUUUGCUGAUGUCUCAUAAGCCAUACUUCUAUUUGCCACAUAUGCUCUUUAUAGUUUAUUCGUUGAUGGAAAUUCAAUUAAACAAACCCCUGAAAGGGAUUUCUCGAAGAGAACCAUGGCUAGUGGUUGCUCUUAUGUAUGCAUUAACCAUCUGAGUUGCAAUUAUCUAACUGAGCAUUAGUGGGAGUUAUGUUUGCCGCAAUUCACUACUUCAGUAGUGUGAAGUGGAACAUUACAAGUCCACGUUUCCCUUCUGUAAACUUUAUUUGGGAGAUCUUUUAUGUUGCGGCCUGUACGUUUGGGGGAUUAAAUUUGAAGGAAACAUGUUGCCUAUGAAACAUUUGUUGGUUGUGUGUUAGCAAUUAGUGCUUAAUGAAGUCCUUAUAAUCCUGCUUAUUUGACAGAGUUAAUAGCAAGGCAUUGUUAAUUGGUUGUCGGCAGACAAAACAUACUACGAAGUCAUCUGAGCUUGCAUUAAUAUGAGCCCAGUUCAUUUUUAAGGUCCUAGAAGGGAGUUAUGCUGUCAUAAUUGCCCUUCUGCCUUAGGUAAAGAGUGAUUGUGGUGGCUCUCUGAACCGAUAAUUACAAGGUCCUAUAUGAGAAUAAUGGUUAGUCAUUGUUGCUGUUUUGCUUUGUGUAACAGUUGAUUGUGUUGAUUCUUGAACUGAAAUUUCAAGGUCCUAGAAGGGAAUCAUGCAUAGUCAUGGUUGCCCUUCUGCCUUAAGUGAAGUUUGCUUGCGGCGAUUCUCAAAGUAAAUUGCAAUGUCCUAGAAGGGAAUCAUGCUUAAUCAUGGUUGCCCCUCUGCAUUGAGUGAAAAUGGAUUGGGGCGGUUCCCUGAAUUGAAAAUUACAAGGUCCUAGAUGGGAAUUAUGUUGUAAUAAUUGCCCUUCUGCCUUAAGUAAACACUGGCUGUGGCGGUUCUCCAAACUGAAAAUUGCAAGGUCCUAGAAGGGAAUUAUGCACAGUCAUGGUUGCCCUUCUGCCUUGAGUGAAAACUGCUUGUGGUGGUUGUCCUAGUGAAUUACAAUUUCAUAGACGGGAAUUGUUCUUCAUGGUUGCCAUUCUGCAUUGAGUAAAGAUUGUUUGUGGUGGUUCUCUGCAUUGAAAAUUACGAGGUUCUAGACUGGAACUAUGUCAUAGAUUCCCUUCUGUCUCGAGUAAUGAUGGAUUGUCGCAAUUCCCCAAACUGAAAUAGUAAGGUCCUAGAUGGGAAUUAUGCAUAGUCAUGGUUGUCUCUCUGCCGUGAGUAAAAAUUGGUUAUGGUGGUUCUUGAAGUGUAACUUGAAUCAAAAGAGUUCCUAGAAACGAACAUAGCCAAGCUAUUGGUUGUCGUUUGCCUUAAAUAAUAAUUUUGGUUGUGGAUAUUUUCUGAAAGAAAAUCACCAAAUCCUAGAUUGGUUGUGGUGAUUCUUGAACUGAAAUUUCAAGGUCCUAGAAAGGAAUUAUGCAUAGUCAUGGUUGCCUUUCUGCCUUGAGUGAAUUGUGGCGAUUCUCAAGUAAAUUACAAUGUCCUAUAAGGGAAUCAUGCUUAAUCAUGGUAGCCCUUCUGCAUUGAGUGAAGAUUGGUUGUGUAGGUUCCUUGAACUGAAAAUGACAAGGUCCUAGAUGGGAAUUAUGCUGUAAUAAUUGCCCUUCUGCCUUAAGUAAAGACUGGCUAUGACGGUUAUCCGAACUGAAAAUACAAGGUCCUAAAUGGGAAUUAUGCUUAGCAUGGUUGCCCUUUUGCCUUGAGUAAAGAGUGGUUGUGGCAUUUCGAACUGAAAUUGCGAGGUCCUAGAAGGGAACUAUGCGUAGUCAUGGUUGCCCUUCUGCCUUGAGUGAAAAAUUCUUGUGGCAAUGCUCCUAGUAAAUUACAAUGUCCUAGAAGGGAGUCGUGCUUAAUCAUGGUUGCCCUUCUGCAUUGAAUAAAGAUUGGUUGUGGGCUUGUGGCCGUUCUCUGAACUGAAAAUUACAAUGUUCUGGUCGGGAACUAUGUCAUAGAUUCUCUUAUGCCUCGAGUAAUGAUUGGUUGUUGCAAUUCCCGAAUUGAAAUAGAUUCUCAUGAUUGCCCUUCUGCCUUGAGUAAAAUUUGGUUGUGGUGAUUCUUUAAGUGUAACUUGUGGCGAUUCCCGAAGUAAAAUUACGUUGUCCUAGAAGGAAAUCUUGCUUAGUCAUGGAUUCCCUUUUGCGCAAAGGUUUAGUGGUCCUUCUACCUUGAUAAAGUUUUGAGUUACAAGAUAGUGAGAGGUAACCUUUGUCUGUCCAGGUUGCUUGUCUUCUUUGUGCGAAGAUUCCAGUUUUGACACUGCUCCAUGUAAAUCGAAAGAGUUCCAAGAAAGGAACAUAGCAAUCUAUUGGCUGCCAUCUGCCUUAAAUAUUAAUUUUGGUUGUGGAUAAUUUAUAAGAGAAAAUCUCGAAGUCCUAUAUUAAAUCUUUGACUGCCAUGACUGCCCUUUUUUAAGAUUCUGGUUUGGUCAAUCCCCUGGAUUUAAAAAAACUUAGGUUUCACAAGGGAAUCUUGGUCAUUUAAGCAUAGUUUUCAUGCAAUCUCUCUGAGGUUCCCUUUUGCAUGUCUAAAAGUUAUGGUUCUAGAGAUUCUGCAAGCCAAACUUGUGAGUUCCUUCCUAGAGGUGAGUUUGUUUUCCAUUAUGCAUCCUUGUGUCGAGAUUCUAGUGGUGGAUUUCCUUGAAGUGAAAUUGAUUGUUUAUUCUUAGAAUCUAUCUCAUGUUAAUGGUAACUUCCAAGUGAAAAUAAAGAAGUCAUGGAAGGAAGUGUGGCUAGUUCUUUAUUCUGCUGUAUUAUUGGUUACCUAGAAUAGAAUGAGAUUUUUUCUGGUUAGUUGAUAGGUUUCUGUCCCGUAGCAGUACUUUUCGUUGCCAAACUUUGCUUUUUAUAACUUACCAUUUGAAAGAGAGUUAUAUAGAAGAGAACCAGGUCAAGUUGUUGAACUCUUAACCUCUAAUAACCAUUUGAAUUGGAAUUGUCCGCCUUAUCGUAGAAUCAAUUUUGUUUCUCAAAUUAUAUUUGUUGCCAUUCACUAAGCCAUUGCAGGUCCUCGUUGCCCUUCUUCUGUAUAAUUGAUAAGGGGUAUCUUUUAGUGUUGUAGCCUGCAUAGUCGAGAUUAAUUUGAGGAGUGCAAUGCUAAUUACACAUUUGUAAGUCGUCAUCUACAUGUCAGUGCUUAAUGAAGCUGUUGGAAUCCAGCUAUAUUUGACAGAGGCCAUAGAUGGGAGAUCUGGUAGAUCUCAAACAUAUAUUAAAGAUACUGUGAGUUUGCAUAAAUAUGGGUCCCUAUGUUGGACAUUCUAUUUGUUGGUGUCCUAGAAUAGAAAGGUAUAUAUUUAGUCAUGGUUUCCCUUCUGCCACAAUUAACGAUUGGUUGUGGCGAUUUUCUUGAUGUGAAAAUUACUAGGUCCUAGAAGGUGAUUAUGUUUAGUCACUGUUGCUCUUCUGCCAAAACUGAAUUUGGUGGUUCUCAAAGUGAAAAUAAGAGGUUCAAAAGGGGAAUCUUGCUUAGUCAUGAUUGUGCCUGCCUUGAGUAAAGAAUGGUGGAGAUAAUGUCAUUGUGAAAAUUAUUAGAGUAUCUUCCUUAAAAAAAUGUUUCUGGUUGUGGAUAUUUUAUGAGGAAAAACCAAAAGAUCCUAAAACAAAACGUGAUACUGAUGGCUGCCUUGAAUGAUCUUCUGGUUUGGGCAAUUCCUUGGCUUUUAAAAAAAACAAACUAUUCUGUAAAGGAAUGUUGGUCUUAGUUGUUGCCUCAUGUAAGCAUAGUGGUCAUGCCAGAUCUGUUAAUUGCCAUUUUGCUUGUCUAUAAGUUAUGGUUCUUGCAAUAGAUUCUAUAAGCCGGACUUAGUAGUUAGAAGAAAUGAGUUUUUCUGAGUCCAUAUUUUCCUUAUGCAGCCACAAGUCAAGAUUUUAUCGGUGGAAACUUAUGAGUUGAGAAUUGGUUGUUUCUGGAAUAUUUUCAUGUCUGUAGCUUCCAAGUGAAAGUCAAAACGUCCUGGGCAGAGCUGUGGUUAGUUCUUGUUGUCCUGCUGUAUUAUUGGUUCCCUAGAAUUGAAUAGUGGGUUUCCUGGUUAAUUAGUUGAUUACUAUCUUGGUAGUACUUGCAUUUAUAUGAGUCCCUACUAUGAGAAUUUUGUUUAUUAAGGUCCUAUAAGGUAAUUAUUCUUAAUCAAGGUUCUCCUUCUGCCUUGAGUACAGAUUUGGUUCUGAUGGUUCUCGAACCAAAUAUCCUUUUACAGUGUUUUUCAGUAGUAGGCUAGCCCCUUUUCUCUUCGUCAACCUUGAGUGUUUCGCUAUCCAUUCCAAUUAUUCAAAUGAUAAUCUUCCCGCGGAGUUUUCUUUCUCUGCCAAGGAGGAGUUUCCUUUUUUUAUAACAUGCAUCAUAUUAUUGAUUCUGAUAGUGAUUGGAUCGCAGACCGUGUAAAGUUGCUUGCUUGAUGGAUAGAGAUUUUGAUACUAGUUUCGUGUGGGGCUAUGCACACUGUAAUCACAUGCAGGGAAAGCUGCAGUCAUGGAUCAUUUUCUAUAUAUUAUCUUGUCCCUAAGCAUUGCGGGAUUCAGUUUAUAUCCUGUUCCAUUCAACUGGUUAUUCAGAUUAUUAAUAUCGUGUGGUAGUGAGAUGUAUAACCAAUUGGUUGUUCGGCCCACUUGUCAAUUGGUGCUUUUGGGUUGGCUAAAGAUGCGUAUGUUUAUCUAAUUGGCCUUUGCCCCAUUUUCAAUUUCUAGUCCUAGUUCAGGUUCAUGCUGAUCCACAGAUGUCUUUCUGUUAGGAAGGUCCAGAGCAAGUUUACGUUUGAAAUUCCGAGUGAUGGAUGUUGCUUCGGUAUUGCUGGCGGCAUGGUGCUGUGCGUAUCUCUGCAUAUGUAUUCUCACUAAGUAAUUACCUUUGAAUGUCGUUAAUCUAGUCUAAAUGUGCUUGCAUGGAUUAAAUUGAGCUGUACAUGUGUUAAAAAUUUCCUCAAACAAUAGUUCAGUGAUAGAGUUGCCUUGAUGCUUCUUCUCCCAGCUUUACAUGAUGUGCCACAAAAUAGUUUGAAGAACGAAAAUUUUGCAUUGUUUGGUAAGAGAUUCAGCUAGAGGCACUAUCACUAUGUGAACUGUUUUGAUUUUCUUCGAAUCUUUGAUACUGUUGAGAAGUCGGUGAAAAAAUCAUUGUUACUGAAGUCUGGCUCCACGUCCUACUGGGUCUGGUAAUCCCGAGCUAGUUAGUUUACAUUUGAAAUACCGAGUGAUGGACGUUACCUUUUUAAUGUCGUUAACCUAGUAUAAAUGUGCUUACAUGGAUUAAAUUGAGCUCUCUACAUGUUUUAAAACUUUUCUUAAACUAUAACACAGCGAAAGAGUUGCCUUGAUGCUUCUUCUUGUUUGUUUGAAAACCCCAACUCUACUUGAUGUGCCACAGAAUAGGUUGUCUCUUGUAUGACGUAGAACUAUCUCUAGUCUUCGUUGAUAUUUAACAGCUGAAAUGAAUAUGAGCUGCUUGGUUUUUGGAUGGCAUGACUUGAUGAUCAUCUUCGAGAAGAAUUCCGCUAGAGUCACCGUGUGAACUGUUUAAUUUUCUUCAAAUCCUUGGUACCGUUGAAGAGUCAGUGAAAAGAUUAUUGUUACAGUAGAUCCUGAAUCUAUUCAAUAAGUUUUAGUUAUUCCUUUUCUAGACAGGGUCCAAGUCCCGCACCUGCCUUUUGUCCCCCAAGCUUUUACCACGAAAAUUUGUUGCUUUCUCAAUCUUGCAAACAUUUUCUCACUGAGUGCUUUCUGGCUCCAUCAAUAUCUCACAAAAAGGCUUUUAUAGUGUUGCGAUUCAGCCGUGGCAUUCGGUGCUUUCCUUUGACCGAUUUGGAUGUUAUUACUAUUAGUCUUGUUGUUCCUUCCUGUUGUUUUGUUUUGAAUGCAAAUGGAGAUAUCCUAGCUUAGUCCAGCGCCGCUAGUUGGGAUUCUCUUAGAAAUGAUAGCUUUUGCCAGUUUUAGCCAUUUUCUGGUUUGACCAAUUUCCGAAUUUUGGUUUUGGGAUGAGCAGAUUGUUAGUUGUGUCAGGAAUAUGAGCAAUACUAGUCAAUUGUCGUUGUGCUUCUGUUCGCCCUCUCUCCUUUGCUCUUCACCUUGUCCUCGGGCUUCUCAGUCUGCAUUAGAUUCAAACAACAGCAGGUGUCUCUGAAUACUUAACUUCAUUGCUCAAAGUGCAUGUCAGGACUGGUCUUUUCCUCGGAAGUACAAUGAUGCACCCUAUCCUUUUGUGCAUAUCAUCAGCACUUCAAUUAAAAGAGAAUAUGUCAACCUUUAUUGAUCAACAACAGGUAUGUUUGAUCCCCAUUGCCUUUGUUAACUGUAUUUCAUUGAUAUGCUUAGGCUUCUGAUUUCUUAACAAUAAUGAAAUUGUUGCCCGUGCAUGCCAAAUAUGAGAGAAAAUGUAUUUUUGAAUGAGAGAAAUACAACAUAUGAGAGAAAUAUUUGAAUGAAGAACAUACAGUACAAGAAAAAUGUAUUUUUAACUACCGUAGUUAAUAAUGUCGUAUUAACCACUGUGCCUACUAGUAUGCUUGUUGUAUUCAUCAAUGUGUUAAACGGAUCUUGUCUAGUUCCUAGCUCGCUUAGGCAUCGCUUAAGCAUGCCUAGCACUGCAUAAUGAAUGAAAUGAUUUUUU